AUGCCGGGAUUUGAACCCCGGACAUCUGCCUUGCGUGACGAGCGUCACUACUCUCAAUUUUCACGUCUGAACGGGCGAACGUGUUCACACUUGAGCGAUGCGAUUGGUGUGCCCGACUCAUCGAACGGCGACCCAGUACACUCUGUGGGGACUGCGAAUCUGGAAAAAGUUCAGCAAUUUCGCGUAUGUGCUUACCUUGCAAGUACAAAGCGUCGUACUUACAAAUCAGAGCUUGGGUUAGGCAAGUCCCUCGGUUUAGACCGUAUCAAAUCAAUACUCUCAAUUUUCACGUCUGAACGGGCGAACGUGUUCACACCUGAGCGAUUGGUGUGCCGUGCCCGACUCAUCGAACGGCGACCCAGUACCUGUCCUGGUUGUGACGAUCGACUAAUCCGCCAGUCAGGUAACGUGUCACACGCUUGA